UGAUGGCCACCACAGAUUUGCUGUUUGAACCAAAUAUGCUGUGCUUUCUGAGGAGGCUAAGACUAUACCAUUUUUCCAACUGCCAAGAGAUUGGUGCUUCUGUGGGUUCUCACUUCUGUCACCUGGCAUGGAUCAACACACCCAAGAAACAAGGAGGACUGGGACCCAUGAACAUUCCCUUUAUAUCAGACCCCAAAUGCACCAUUGCUCAGGACUAUGGAGUCUUAAAGGCCAAUGAAGGCAUCUUAUUCAGGGGUCUUUUUAUUAUUGAUGAUAAAGGUAUCCUUCGACAGAUCACCAUAAAUGACCUUCCUGUUGGCUGUUUGGUGGAUGAGACGCUGAGACUAGUUCAGGCCUUCCAGUUUACUGACAAACAUGGGGAAGUGUGCCCAGCUGGCUGGAAGCCUGGCAGUGAUACCAUCAAGCCUGAUGUCCAGAAGAGCAAAGUAUAUUUCUCUAAGCAGAAGUGAGCACUGGGUCAUUUUAGGGCCAGGCUGCAGUAGGUGACCAUGAGAACAAACCUCUUUUGUACUAUUGUCAUGCUUAAAACACAAGACCUUAUACUUAGCCCAGAUGUGGUGUGGGACAGGACAGGCCUUUCCUGCAGGGGUUGGGGAGGCCAGCUUUUCUUCCUCUGGAGGGAAUGUCCUGAGCUGUAUUAUGGGGCAGGAAAAUUUAUAUGUGUAGUAGUAGGGUAUCACUUUUGGUCUUUUGUAGUUUUAUUAAACUUGA